AUGAUAGAUAAAUAUUCAGCGAAUAAAAAUAGUUAUGUGACCGGUGUUAAAGUCCUAGACGUUGAAAAAAGGUAUAAACCAGGACCAAAACAUUACGUUUAUGUGAUUCAAGUAACUUGGUCAAAUCCUACAAAUAUAUUUAUUAUCUAUCGACGUUAUGCUCAGUUUUUUGAUCUUCAAUGCAAAUUACUUGAUUUAUUUGCUGAAGCUCCAUCACCAUCGAAUAAUUAUAAUACUCAUUCACGACUAAUCCCAUUUCUUCCUGGUAAAAUCUUUCUUGGUCGAAGUCAAAUACGUCAAGUUGCAUUAGAACGAAAACAAGCUCUUAAUAUAUAUUGUCAGACAUUAAUUUCUUUACCUGAACGAAUAUCUCGAUCUCGUUGUGUACUUGAAUUUUUUCAACCAUUACCAACUGAUGUACAAAAUCAAAUUGAAUUUUUAGCUCGGGACAAAAAAACAGUUACCAAAAGUACAAUGACAAUCAGUGGACCAUCAAAAUUACCAACAUAUCGAUGUUUAGAUGACUUUGUAGCAAUAGAAAAAACAGAAAUGUCUUUAAGACGAAAUACUCUUGUUCAAGUUAUUCAUAAACAUCUUAAUGGUUGGUGGUUUGUUCAAAAUGGUGAUCAAACUGGAUUUGUACCAGGAGCUUUUCUAGAACCAAUUGAGCAACAACGAGAUGUUCAUGAAAAUAAUACGUUUCCAAGAUCAUCCAACGAAACUUAUGUUGUUAAUAAAUCAUAUGAAGCAAAAAGUCGAGAUGAAAUUUCAUUAGAUCAAGGAUCAUUUGUAACUGUUCUGGAAAAAUCAUUUACUGGAUGGUGGAUAGUCAAUUUUAAUAAUAUGACUGGCCAAUUUCCAGCUGUCUUUUUAACAUCUUGUAAAGGACGAAUUAUUCCAGCAAAUAUCACAAAAGAAGAAUCAACUAUUCCUUCUAAUACAUUAAGUCAUCGAUUGAGUAGUUUGAAUAGCUAUGAACAAGAUGAUCAUGAUGAAAAUCCGAAUAUUAAUAAUGAACCAGAAAUAUUUUAUGUUCAUAGUGAUUUUAUUGAUAAUAUUGGCGAUUGUGUUUCAUUACAACGUGGUGAUGUUGUUGAAAUACAUGACAAGCAUUCAAGUGGUUGGUGGCUUGGACGACGAUUAAAAGAUGAUUAUAUUCUUACUUGGAUUCCAUCAGCUUUUUUACAAAAAGAACCUAUUUUUGAUGCAUAUGGUGAUAGUGCAUAUAAUCCAUCUUCGAAUACGAAAUCUUUUAUAAAAGUUGAUAACGAAGAAGAAGAACAACGACAACAACAAGUUGAACUAGCGACGGAGAGUAUUUAUCAAAAUGUAGGAAAUCAAAUAUCAACCAAUAUUGUUUAUACAGAAGUAAUAGAAAAGAAACAAUCAAUUACUAUCAAACAUUCGUUCUUACCUUCAAGUGACAACGAAGAAGACUCAACGAGAGCUUCGGUACGAGAUCUUGUAAAAAAAUUUAAUAGACACUAA